AUGACGCGCCGCCGGGCCUCCCCUGCCCACUGCGGGGAAGGCGGCGGGUGGGCGGCGGGGCCGGGCCUGCCCCCCGAGCCGCCCGCCCCCGAGGCCGCCGGGGCCUGCCCCCCGCCCGCUGCCGCCCCCCUUUUCCGCCUCCUUCUCACCUGGGGGGGCCCGGGGCGGCGGUGCCCCCCCGACCUCGUCGCGGGAGGAACGACGGCUCUCGGCGCUCUGCUGCGCUGCUUCCCCUGCGAGCGGCUCUGCGGGGGGUGCACGGUGCCCCCCGCCCCCCCGCGCCCCCCCGGGGCCCUGCCGCCCGCCAUGCCCCCCCCUCGCCGCCGCCUGCCCCCCGCCGCCCGCCUGCCCCCCAGGACCUUCCACAGCUACCUGCCCCGCUCCCACCGCACCUACAGCUGCGUCCACUGCCGGGCACACCUGGCCCGCCACGAGGAGCUCAUCUCCAAGUCCUUCCAGGGCAGCCACGGCCGUGCCUACCUCUUCAACUCCGUGGUGAACGUGGGCUGCGGCCCGGCGGAGCAGCGGCUGCUGCUGACGGGGCUGCACUCGGUGGCCGACAUCUUCUGCCAGAGCUGCAAGACCACCCUGGGCUGGAAAUACGAGCAGGCCUUCGAGAGCAGCCAGAAGUACAAGGAGGGGAAGUUCAUCAUCGAGAUGUCGCACAUGGUGAAGGAGAACGGCUGGGACUGA